AUGGCAGCAAUUUUCCGAUGUUCACAACUGCUUUCUCGGACAACUGGCUCUUUCCAGACCAGCUUUAGACGAAAUAUUGGAGUGACAGCUGUAGUAAUGGCAAAGGCGGCGAAGAAUGCUGAUCCUAUACAGAAUUUGUUCGUGGAAAAGUUGCAGGAGUACAAGAAGAAGAGCACAUCUGCCGGUGAUAGUUUAGUGGACAUGACAGCUGAGAUGAAAGCUAAAAUGGAAGUGGAAAAGCAGCAAAUACGAAAGAGAUUCGGUGAAGGAAACUUGGAGGAGUUUCCCAAGUUUGACUUUGGCAAGUGA